CCAGUUAAAAAGAGCAGUACAGAAUAUUGAAUGCACAGUUGCUCAGGCUGAGAAUUUUUGUGGCCUGUUUCAGUCAAUGCUCACAACUUUUGAAUCCCUUUCUGGGUGCCUUCCAAUUGAUGAACUUUAUCAAACAGUGAAAAGAUUGACCAAAGGUGGCACCUUAAAUUCAGAUCUACUGAAAAUGGCAGAAGAAAUUGUAGAAGCAAGAGAUCUGAAUAGGCUCUCAGAUACUAACAAGGACAAGCCUGAAUCAGUUGAUGGGGGAGAAAGAGAUGAUUCAAAAUUCAAGUUGAUUCCAAUACUCCCAGAGUGGAAGGAAAUCAAGGAAGACAAUGGUACUCCCCCUGAGGUUCGUCCCAAUAAAGUGGACGCUCCAUACAAGGACUGGAUGGAGUACUAUGACAUACAGUUUCGUCUCGUUCGGGAAGACUUCAUUGCACCUCUGCGACGUGGUGUGGCUGCCUUCCUACAGGGAGACAAGGGAAAGAAGAAUAGAGAUGUUAAAACCUACAGUGGAGCCACGAUUGUGUCUCAAGUGACAACAAAGGACAAAGGAAUAUGCUUUAUGAUACAAUUUGAUGUCUCUGGCUUCCGUAGAGUCAAUUACAAUUGGGACCAGUCAAAACGGCUAAUAUUUGGGUCAUUAUUGUGUUUUAUCCCCAUGGCCAACGACUCGAUCAUAAUAUUUGCAACUGUUGCUGAUCGUGACAGUAAGGAGCUCACCAAGGGACGCAUAAUGGUUCAGUUUGAAGGGGAUGUUCUAGAGGCAAUGAAUCACGUCAGAAAUGGAACCAACUUUGAAAUUAUAGAGUCAAAUUCUUACUUUGGAGCAACCAGUCCAAUUCUCCGCAGUCUACAAAGAGCAGAAGUUGAAACAAUGCCAUUUACAAAGCAAUUGAUUGAAGGAAAGUGUGAUUCAGUUCAACCGCCAUCUUACUUGAGAAAUAAAGAUACUGCCAUAACCUAUGAUUUGUCCUGCCUGCAUGGGCCAUUAAACAAGAGAAAGAACAAGCCUCCCCUCGUGAUAAAUGUUCUAAAUGAAGAAAGCUGGGAGGCAGCGAGCGACAGUGAACUAGAUUCAUCACAGCUGAGUGCAAUCCAGACAGCUCUGACUCAAGAGAUUGCUGUUAUUCAAGGACCACCAGGGACAGGGAAAACCUACAUUGGAUUGAAGAUAGUUGAAGCCUUGCUGCAGAAUAGAAAAAUUUGGGAUCCUCGCAAGUCAAGUCCAAUACUAGUAAUGUGCUACACAAAUCAUGCCCUGGACCAGUUCCUGGAGGGAAUCAUUGACACUGAAUGCUGUGGAAGAAAACUGGAUGUAAUACGAGUUGGUGGUCGAUGUAAGAAUGAGAAGGUAGACGAACACAACUUGACAAAAGUACGCAGAAAUGUACCCAGACGUCAUGGCUUUGGAUUCAGCCGUGAAUUUGGAAAAUUAAGAGGAGAAAUUGAGGAAUGUAAUCCAGAAAAGGUCUGGCGAAGUUUGGACCUACAUUUCAAACGCAACAAAUUCCUGCCAAUGUUUAUCUUGUACCAUGUAGCGCAUCCAAACCACUAUUACCAGCUAACGCAAAUGGCACAAUGUACUGAACAGCAAGGUAGAGAGGUUGAAGUCUGGUUUGAUUUAUGGGAAGAGAUGCUCACUAAAACCAAGAAACGAAAAAUAAUUAAACCAGUUGAACCACCUCCGGAAGAAAAACAAAUUCCCUCAGAGGAAAACGACCAAACAGAACAACUCCCCCAAUUUGAGGAAGAGAACCAAGUUGAAAAAAUUCCCAAAGAAAACAAACACGAGACGAAAGAAAAUACUCAACAACUGCAGCAGAAUGAAGAGGAGCAAAUACCUCCUGAGCAGAUGUCUGGUGAAAAUGUGGCAAACAGAGAAGAAGAACUAAUUGAAAUUAAAGGUGAAGCUACACUAGCUCAGGAUGACAGAAUGAAUGACGAUGACAUAGAAGGAUUCCAGAGACUUCAAAUCCCCUAUGAUCCCCCAGAGGAUGAUGUCUAUCAUCCACCCUCAGCUCAGAAGGAAAAUGCCGAUGAUGAAUCCGAGAAUGAAGCCGUAGAACAAGAGAUUGAUGAAGAAUACGUAAUAGAAUCAAAGUGGGAACAAAAGGAAGGCGCUUAUAACACAAUACGGAAACAUUUAUUUAACAAAGCUUAUAUUAUGGACGAUGAGGAAGUUGACGAAAUAUCCAAUACUAACCUAAUGUCCUUAAGCAACAGAGAUCGCUGGCGACUGUACAACUAUUGGGAAGAACAGCAAUACACAUACUUGCAAGAAGAAAACAGGAAGAGAGUUGAGAAGUAUAGUGAAAAAUGCAGGGAACUAGCUGAGCUCAGACAAAGAGAAGAUCGAUGCAUUCUCGAGACAGCAGAUGUGGUAGGAAUGACCACCACAGGAGCUGCCAAGUACCAGCACAUUCUCCACCGCAUCAAACCAAAGAUUGUGAUUGUGGAGGAGGCGGCAGAGGUUCUGGAGGCUCACAUUGUCUCUGCUCUCAGUGCUGGCACCCAACACCUCAUUCUCAUUGGAGACCACAAGCAACUCAGACCCAAACCUAAUGAACAUGUCCUAGCAACAAAGUACAACCUCUCCAUCUCCCUGUUUGAACGUCUGGUGAGGAAACAGAUGUCUCAAGCAACACUAGAGAUUCAACAUCGCAUGAGGCCAGAGAUUGCUCAACUGGUGUGUCCUCAUGUGUAUGAGAAGCUUUGAACCAUGAAAGUGUUCAGAAAUACCCUGACAUACGAGGAAUAUCAAAGAAUCUGUUCUUCGUUCAUCACAGUGAGCCAGAAAGCGAAAAUCCAAACUUGAUGAGUUAUCAAAACGAAUUUGAAGCCAAAUACAUUGUUGGUCUCUGUGCCCACUUACUGAGACUGGGCUACUCUCCAAGUCAAAUAACUAUCCUCACACCUUAUGUCGGACAGCUCAUGAUGAUAAGAAACAAGAUGCCAAAGAGUGAAUUCAAUGGAGUUCAUGUGACAGCAAUAGAUAACUUUCAGGGAGAAGAAAAUGACAUCAUACUCUUUUCAAUGGUCCGCAGUACCAAUCCCAAAAGCAGCAGAACAACAAUUGGUUUUUUGAAAGAAGACAACAGAGUUUGUGUGUCUCUGUCGAGAGCAAAGCAUGGAUUCUAUGCCAUUGGAAAUUUUGAGUUGAUCCGUCACCAGAGCCGACUGUGGGAGUCAAUCAUCUCUGACGUGGAGAGCAGAGAAUGUUAUGGCAACUCCCUCCCUCUCUACUGCUGCAAUCAUCCCGAGAUAAAAUACUCAGCCCAGACAGGCUCAGAUUUCGAAGCUAGAGCACCAAAUGGUGGAUGCCGAAAAAUGUGUGACAUUCGGCUACCAUGUGGGCACUCAUGCACUCAGAUAUGCCAUGUUGUUGACACAGAGCAUGCUGAGUUUAAGUGCAAGAAAAUCUGUGACAAACCAUGCUCCUAUAAUCACCCAUGUAAAUCGGGGCAUUACUGCUACAGGAACUGCCCACCGUGUCGUGAGAGUGUUGAGAGAGUGAUUCCUGACUGUGGCCAUACGCAAAUAAUGGAGUGCUGGGUGAAAGAUCACAAGUGCCAAGAAAUUGUCACAAAGACCAUGCCUCGGUGUGGACAUGAACAGGAUAUUCCGUGUUCCACUAAGCCAUCACUUGUUUUGUGCCGUGCCCCGUGCCCAAGAAAAUGUAUAAAUGAACAUCCGUGUCAGAAAUCUUGCUCUGAAUACUGUGGCCAAUGCCUGGUAGAAAUGGAGAAAGUGGUUCCUAGCUGUGACCACAAACAAAUGAUCCCCUGUAACAUGCAGCCUGAAUGUUUCAAGUGCAAAGCUCCCUGCCCCAAACUUUGCCCAAAUGGCCACCCUUGUCCCAAAGAGUGCUCCAAGCCCUGUGGCAAGUGUAAGCUGAGAAUUCCAAAAGCAGUCUCUACGUGUGGGCACAUGCAAUACAUGAAGUGUUACCAGGAGCCUGACCCAGCCAACUGCAGAGGUGAAUGUGAGAAGUUGUGUCCAAACGGAGAACACAAACUAAGGAAACUCUGCUCUGAAGAUUGGCCUGAAUGCAGGGAAAGAGUAAUAAAGACACUUCCAGAAUGCGGGCAUGCAGUUGAAGCUCAAUGUAUUGCAGAUCCCUCCACUAUCCUCUGUGUUAAGCCGUGUGAAAGGUCAUGUGAAGCUGGCCACAAGUGUCUUAAACUCUGCCACGAGAAAUGUGCUCCUUGCCCAUCAAAAGUCAAGAAGACAUUACUAUGUGGACACACCCAUGUAAUGACAUGUGGACAAGCUUCCAAGAAUUCCUUUAAAUGUCCAACAAAAUGCCUCAAACCUAUCUGUGAAAGGGGUCACAUUUGUAAAAGUACAUGUCACUCUCCAAAAACAUGUGGAGUUUGCAAAGAGAUGGUUACCAUCCAAUUAUCCACUUGUUCCCACAAGCAAACCUUGAAAUGUUUUUCAAGCACCGAUCCUGCAUCAUAUGGACACACCUGCCAGCAUCCUUGUGAAAAGAAGCUUCAAUGUGGCCAUGUGUGUCAGAAAAAAUGCGGAGAACCUUGUCAAAAGAUUUGCACAGAAAACGUUGUAUUAGACUUAAUUUGUGGCCACCGAGCAAGAGUACAAUGUCACAAAAAGUCUCAGGAUACUGUAAUGGUAAACUGCAAGGAAAGAGUCAGUGUCAGAAUAGACUGUGGCCAUACAACCCAAACUGAGUGCUACAAAGCAAAGUACAAAAGUCUACUAAGAAAGGCUUGCAACAAGGAAUGCAAGAAAACCCUCUCCUGUGGACAUGCCUGCCAGAAACCCUGUGGAAACAUGUGCACAAGAGAGUGUAUGAAGCUUGUAAGGAGAAGGAGGAGGAGCUGUGGGCAUGUACUAGAGUGUGAGUGCUACCUGGCACACACAGUUGACCAUUCCCCCUGCACUAAGAAGUGUCAAAAAAGGUUACCUUGUGGACAUCCCUGUCAAAAUGCAUGUGGAGAGCCGUGUUCAAUGUGCACACUCAAAUCCCUACAUCGGUAUCCUUGUGGGCAUUCAGCCAAGAUACCCUGCAACUCAUCCAUUGAGGAGAACCCAUGCAAAAGGAAGUGCACUACUGUCCUCAGCUGUGGUCACAAUUGCUCUGGAAAUUGCGGACACUGCUACUCGUCAAGGAUGCAUGCUGUUUGCAUUUUUGAAAUCAGAUUGCAGCGUUACUGUGGUAAUUCUGUCACUCUGCCAUGUGCUGGCCUCGCUGAUUAUUGUGAUCGCAACACACACACUAUUCCCUGCGUACAUACUAGAGACCACAGCAAUUGUCAACAACUGUGCAGCUGGAACUGUAAGCACUUUCAGUGUCAGAAACAAUGUACAGAGGAAUGUGACAGACCUCCAUGCAAUGAGCCUUGUGACAAGGAACUGCGUUGUGGUCACAGGUGUCCUGGACUCUGUGGAGAGAGAUGCAUGAGUGUGUGCCCACAGUGUGAAAAAAGGAAAUUUAUUCGGCAGUUGCACCCCACAGCGAGGCUCGGUCACAUACCAGCUAAUCAGCCUUUCUUUGAACUUGAUUGUGGGCAUAUAUUCACAGUUGGGUACCUAGAUGAAUGCAUGGAACACUCAAAU